AUGACUGAAAAGAAAUCUCUAAAUAGCUUAAUCAUACACCCAGAUAUAGAGCCUGGUGUAAUAGACAAUGCAAUGAUUACCAGAUGUAUUCUUGAAUAUGGUCCCACGGAAGAGGCUGGUAGACUUUUCGCUGAAGAGGGCGUACAUUUAGAUGAAGCACCGAUAGUUCGAUUAGAAUUUCAAAAUAUACUCAGAAUCGAUCACCUUUGGAUGCUCAAAUCAUUGAGAAAAUUAACUCUUGCGCAUAAUUUAAUAGAGAAAAUCGAAAAUUUGGAACAGUUAACUGGGCUUAACGAAUUAGAUCUAUCGUUUAAUAAAAUCGAAAGAAUCGAUAAUUUGGAAGAGUUAACGAAUUUAGAAAUUUUAACAUUGUUUCACAAUAGAAUCAGAAAGUUGGAAAAUAUGGAUACUUUGGAAAAACUGAUGGUUUUCAGCAUUGGGGAUAACUUAAUCGAGGAUUAUAAAGAGAUGGCGUAUUUACGACGAUUCCGAAAAUUACGUUCAGUAAGCUUUAAGGGAAAUCCAUGUUGCGAUGAUCCCAUGACCAAUCAAUUUCUGAAAUCCGCUCUCACUAGAGUAACUUAUCUAGACUAUAAACUUAUCACUGAAGAGGAAAGGGAAGCUGGUGUGGCUUUAUUCCGCGGAAUUCUUCGAAAGCUAGAUGACGCUGACGAAAAGUCGGAAAAGGCGCGAAUAGCUAAAGAAGAAUACGACGCAAGAGUGGAGUUCUACGCUAUGUCUUUCGUGGAGUACUUAAGUGGACCGGAAUUGAUUGAAAGUAUGUUUGAAAAGGACCCUGAUGGAGCACUGCUGUUACAAGUUGGUGGGGAGCUACUAGGAUUCUUUGAACAAUAUAAAGAGCAAUACGUAGAAACUAUGGCUGGUUUAGUUGAGUUCGCACAAGGGGCUUAUAAUACGCGACAAAACGAAAUUAAACUGUUUAAAGAUCUUGUGGAUACGGCCCUGGAAGAGAGUGUAAGGAAUAGUAAAGUAGUUGUAGAAGAGUACGAGGCAAAAAAGAAACCACUCGUGGAUCAAAUGAACGAGAUCAUAACUAAAGUUACAACAAAACAAGCGACGAUAGAACAAAUUGAGCCAACGAUUAUAGACGCGGGAGAAGCGUUCAACGACCUCAUAUAUGAUCUGUGGAAGAAGCUCAUGACCAUCGAGAUGACGCUCUAUGAGCGAUGUGAGGAGUCCAGGGUACAAUUUUCCGUGAACAUGACGGAGAUGAUAACGAAGCUGCUAGAAAUAUCUCGUAACGCAUUCGGAGCGUGGCGAGAACACGAGGGGAUGUGGUCCAUGAGACAAUUCGAGUCCCUCUCCAAGUUGUUGGGAAACAAAGUCAUGCUGGGAGACGCACCUCCAGAACUCUUCGAGGUGAUGAUGGAUAGAGACGCAAUGAUGAACCUCGUAGCGCAAUCGUCUGACAAUCACAUGAGGUUUAUCGACGCACGUGAAGACCUUUUGACUACUCGCGCCAAUAAAUGGCGUGAUGAUCUCGUUCAGGGGACAAAUGAUAACGAAGUGAAGCGGAAUAGGGAUAGAAUAACCGAGAUUUACUACUUCAUAGACAACCAGCGCGAGGAAUGGACAGACAUGCAAAUGAACAUGACAGAAACUGUCGAUCCGGAGACCGCUGCGCUGUUGGCUGAUGAAUUUUAG